AGUGAGAGGGGGAACGUGAGACAGAGAGGAGAGAAGUGAGAGGGGGAAGGUGAGACAGAGAGGGAAGGUGAGACGGAGACAGACAAGAAAGGAGAAGAUCAAACAUAGAAAGAGGAAGGACUAUUUGAGACAGUGAAUGACUGGGGGAGGGAGGAGUUAGAGAGAGAGCGUGAGGAGGAGGGACAGAGAAUGAGAGAGGGGUAGAAUGACAAAAAGAGGAGAGGGGGGUUAGUGUGUGCAGGACAGAUAGUGAAGGAGGAGGGGAUAGCUUUGAGGAAAUAUUUGGCAGCUUGUUUCCUAGUCUGACUUUUCCCAAGACUGUCAGGCCAUUUGUCUCACUCACACUCCAUCGGACAAACACACGGCUGGAGCUGGGACUAACGAUAAAUACCAUGCGUAGGUGAAGAGCGUGAAGAAGAGGCAGAAAACAUGUCGUUCUUCGGUCUAGAAUAUGCCAAGAAGAAAGAGAGUGAGUUGGAGAGGAAACUGAGGGCAAACGACAGAGAGUAUAACCUCUCCUUCAAGUAUGCGACUAAUGCCAUUAAGACAUCUAAGUACAACACGUUCAACUUCCUGCCACUCAACCUCUUUGAACAGUUCCAGAGGAUCGCCAAUGCUUACUUCCUCAUUCUGCUGUUACUCCAAGUGAUUCCUGCAAUCUCCUCUCUGUCCUGGUUCACAACCGUGGUCCCUCUGGCCCUGGUGCUGUCUGUGACGGCUGCUAAAGACGCUACAGAUGACAUAAACCGCCACAGGAGUGACACCCAGGUGAACAACCGGAAGGUCACAGUGCUCAUCGAUGGAGAACUACGGAGUGAAAAAUGGAUGGAUGUUCAUGUGGGUGACAUCAUCAAACUUGGAAACAACCAGUUUGUUACGGCAGACCUGCUGCUGCUCUCUAGUAGUGAACCUCUCAACUUGGUCUACAUAGAGACUGCUGAACUGGACGGUGAGACUAAUUUGAAAGUGAAGCAAGCUGUGACGGUCACAGGAGACAUGGGGGACAACAUCCACAACCUGGCUUCCUUCAGUGGCGAGGUGAGCUGUGAGCCCCCCAACAACCGCCUAGACCGUUUCACAGGAACUCUGACUAACGCCGGUCAGAAAUACUCUCUGGACAAUGACAAGAUCCUGCUGAGGGGCUGCACCCUCAGGAACACAGAGUGGUGUUUUGGACUGGUGCUGUUCGGAGGUCCAGAGACUAAGCUGAUGCAGAACUGUGGGAAGACCACUUUCAAGAGGACCAGCAUCGACCGCCUGAUGAACGUGCUCGUCCUCUGUAUCUUUGGCUUCCUGGCGUUCAUGUGCACCAUCCUGGCCAUCGGCAACAGGAUCUGGGAGCAGCUCUGGGGGUCAGAGUUCACGGCCUUCCUGCCCAGACAGGGGGGAGUUGAUGCCCCCUUCUCGGGCUUCCUCACCUUCUGGUCCUACGUCAUAAUCCUUAACACCGUCGUACCCAUCUCCCUCUACGUCAGUGUGGAGGUCAUCCGUCUGGGGAACAGUUUCUACAUCGACUGGGACAGGAAGAUGUACCAUGCCCAUAGUGACACCCCGGCCAAGGCCCGGACCACCACGCUGAACGAGGAGCUGGGUCAGAUCAAAUACAUCUUCUCGGACAAGACCGGAACACUCACUCAGAACAUCAUGACAUUCAACAAGUGUUCCAUCAACGGGAAGAGCUACGGGGAAGUAUUUGACUACACUGGCCAGAGACAGGAGAUCAACGAGCACACAGAAACAGUGGACUGGUCGUUCAACCCUUUGGCCGAUCAUCACUUCUCCUUUCAUGACCACUCCCUGGUGGAGGCUUUGAAGCUGGAGCGUCCUGAAGUCCAGUCCUUCUUCAGACUAUUGGCCCUCUGUCACACUGUUAUGGCUGAGGAGAAGAUAGAGGGUGAGCUGCUGUACCAGGCCCAGUCCCCUGACGAAGGUGCCUUGGUAACCGCUGCACGCAAUUUUGGCUUUGUGUUCCGCUCUCGCACGCCAGAGAGCGUCACCAUCGUAGAGAUGGGAGAACAACACAGUUACGAACUCCUCGCCAUCCUUGACUUCAACAACGUCCGCAAGAGGAUGUCCGUCAUUGUGCGGAGUCCAGAGGGGAAGCUGUGUUUAUACUGUAAAGGAGCAGACACCAUGGUCUAUGAGAGGCUGAACCAGUCCUGUGCCAAGCUGAUGGAUGUCACCACUGAACACCUCAAUGAGUUUGCUGGUGAGGGUCUGCGGACCCUGGCUCUAGCCUAUAAGGACCUGGAUGAGGAAUACUUCAGCAGCUGGAAACAGCGCCACCAUGAGGCCAGCACAGCACUGGAGGACAGAGAGGACAAACUAGACCUGCUCUAUGAGGAGAUAGAGAGAGACCUGAUGUUGCUGGGAGCUACAGCCAUAGAGGAUAAACUCCAGGAUGGUGUGCCACAGACCAUCGAGCAGCUUGCCAAAGCUGACAUCAAGAUCUGGGUGCUCACUGGCGACAAACAGGAGACGGCGGAGAACAUUGGCUACUCCUGCAACAUGCUGCGAGAGGAAAUGAACAACAUUUUCAUCGUGUCGGCCAACAACUCAGACGAUGUCAGACAGGAACUGAGGAAUGCAUGGAGCACCAUGAAACCAGGUGCAGAGGAGGAGGCCAACUUCAUGCCAGAGAAGACGCUGGGUAACAAGCCGAAGGUGGUCAGGGACGAGGAGGUGAACGGGGAGUAUGGCCUGGUCAUCAACGGACACAGUCUGGCCUAUGCCCUAGAGCGUAGCAUGGAGCUGCUGUUCCUGCGUACAGCCUGUCUGUGUAAGACAGUGAUCUGCUGCAGAGUGACUCCACUACAGAAGGCCCAGGUGGUGGAACUGGUCAAGAAAUACAAACAGGCCGUCACUCUGGCCAUAGGAGACGGGGCCAACGACGUCAGCAUGAUUAAAGCUGCUCAUAUAGGUGUGGGUAUAAGCGGUCAGGAAGGGAUGCAGGCGGUCCUCUCUUCAGACUACUCCUUUGCUCAGUUCCGCUUCCUAGAACGCCUCCUCCUGGUCCACGGCCGCUGGUCCUACCUGAGGAUGUGUAAGUUCCUGCGAUACUUCUUCUACAAGAACUUCACCUUUACCUUCGUCCACUUCUGGUACGCCUUCUUCUGCGGAUUCUCAGCACAGACGGUGUAUGACGAGUGGUUCAUCACGUUGUAUAACCUGGUCUACACAGCACUUCCUGUACUGGGUAUGAGUCUGUUUGACCAGGAUGUGAAUGACAUGUGGAGUUUCCAGCACCCCCAGCUGUACGUUCCAGGCCAGCUGAAUCAGUACUUCAGUAAAACAGCUUUCUUUAAGUGUGCCCUCCACAGUAUCUACAGCUCAGUAGUGCUAUUCUUCAUCCCCUACGCUGCCAUGUACGACACGGUCCGAGACGACGGGCAAGACAUUGCUGACUACCAGUCCUUCGCCCUGCUAGCACAGACCUGUCUGGUCAUCACUGUCUGUAUACAGCUGUGUCUGGACAUGUCCUACUGGACAGCGGUGAACCACUUCUUUGUGUGGGGGAGUCUGUCCAUGUACUUCACUGUCACCUUCACCAUGUACAGCAACGGAACGUUCCUCAUCUUCCCUGCAUCCUUCCCCUUCAUCGGCACAGCCAGGAACUCCCUGAACCAGCCCAACGUGUGGCUGACCAUCCUGCUCACCUCCAUCCUCUGUGUACUUCCUGUGGUUGCCUACCGCUUCCUGUUAAUACAGCUCCGCCCCACUAUCAACGACAAGGUGAUGUUCAAGGUGAGACAGGCCAAGGCCGCGCCCCCUCCCCUAGCCCGCCGUGCCCGGAUUCGCCACACCAGCACCCGCCGUUCCGGCUACGCCUUCUCGCAUGCGGCGGGCUACGGGGACCUGGUGAUGUCCAACCGUUUUCUGCGCCGUCCCGCCGUCACACUCACCACCGCUUUUACCCCUCUGGGACGCACCACAGGGUUCAGCCCCACGGGCCGCUCAGCCGGAUACAGCCCCACUGGGAAUGCCCUGAACACCAGACCAGAGGAUGUGGAGGUGACAUCACUGCAAAUGCACCACAUGACGCGAGACCCCGCCUUCUGAUGUACCGCACUAUGCCCGCCUUAAGUCAGAUAACAGUCAUAUAUUAGCCACUUCUGAGACUCACUUAGAUAAUUAAUUUGAUGAUAUAGCAGUAGCAAUACAAGGAUAUAACAUCUAUAGAAGAGACAGGAAUGUUUAUGAGGGAGGUGUUGCUGUAUAUGUUCAGAGCCAUAUCCCUGUAAUGCUUAGAGAAUAUCUUAUGUCAAGUGUUAUUGAAGUGUUGUGGUUGCAGGUUCACCUGGCACACCUAAAGCCUUUUCUUUUUGGAGUGUUGCUAUAGGCCACCAAGUGCUAACAGUCAGUAUAUAAACAAUAUGUGUGAAAUGCUUGAUAGUGUUUGUGAUGUAAACAGACAGGCAUACUUUCUUGGGGACUUGAAUAUUGACUGGUUUCCAUCAAGCUGUCCCUUCAAGAGGAAGUUUUUCACUGUAACCAGGGCCUGUAAUCUGGUUCAGGUUAUUCAUCUUGGGUGUUUACAAAUACUACAGGAACAAGAUUAUCCACAUACAAUACAGUUCAAAAGUUUGGGAUCACUUAGAAAUGUCCUUGUUUUUGAAAGAAAACCACAUUUUUUUGUCCAUUAAUAUGGCUGCAAGCCCGAGGUCGGUACACCUAUGACAACAUCCCCCACCCCCCCCCCCCACACUGAUUAGCAUCGCUAGCAUAGCGUCACAAUUAAAUAGUAGCAUCUAAAUAUCAUUAAAUCACAAGUCCAAGACACCAAAUGAAAGAUACAGAUCUUGUGAAUAAAGCCACCAUUUCAGAUUUUUAAAAUGUUUUACAGGGAAGACAAAAUAUGUAAAUCUAUUAGCUAACCAUGUUAGCAAAAGACACCAUUUUUCUUUGUCCACCAUUUUUUCUCAACACCAGUAGCUAUCACCAAUUUGGCUAAACUAAGAUAUUGAUAGCCACUAACCAAGAAAAAAACUCAUCAGAUGACAGUCUGAUAACAUAUUUAUUGUAUAGGAUAGGUUUUGUUAGAAAAAUGUGCAUAUUUCAGGUAUAAAUCAUAGUUUACAAUUGCACCCACCAUCACAAAUCGACUAGAAUAAAUACACAGAGCAACGUGUAUUACCAAUUUACUCAUCAUAAAACAUUUCUUAAAAAUACACAGCACAUAGCAAUGGAAAGACACAGAUCUUGUGAAUUCAGACAAUAUUUCAGAUGUUCUAAGUGUUUUACAGCGAAAACACAAUAAAUCGUUAUAUUAGCAUACCACAUAUGCAAACGUUACCCGACCAUUGAUUCAAGCCAAAGAGAGCGAUAUCGUUAUCAUCGCCAAAAUAUAUUAAUUUUUUCACUAACCUUCUCAGAAUUCUUCCGAUGACACUCCUGUAACAUCAUAUUACAACAUACAUAUAGAGUUUGUUCGAAAAUGUGCAUAUUUAGCCACCAAAAUCAUGGUUAGACAAUGACAAAAGUAGCCCAGCUGGUCAGAAAAUGUCGUGCGCCAUAUUAGACAGUGAUCUAGUCUUAUACAUAAAUACUCAUAAACGUGACUAAAAAAUAUAGGGUGGACAGCGAUUGAUAGACAAUUUAAUUCUUAAUACAAUCGCUGAAUUACAUUUUUUAAAUUAUCCUUACUUUUCAAUACAGGUUGCGCCAAGCGAAGCUACAUCUAACAAAAUGGCGGCAUAAGCGAUUAACAUUUUUCGACAGAAACACGAUUUAUCAUAAUAAAUUGUUCUUACUUUGAGCUGUUCUUCCAUCAGAAUCUUGGGCAAUGAAUCCUUUGCUCAAGCAAAAACAUGACCGGAGAAAUAUUACUGGCUAAACUAAAGCUUGGAGAAAGAGCAGGUCCGUGUCCACCUUGCAUCAGGCGCAGCUGGAAAAGGGACACUACCUACACGUUGUGCUGUUUUAUAGAGGCUCUGAUUGCGCAAUCGACUCCAUUCAAAGCGUCACCACGUAAUGACAUCCAGGGGAAGACGUAAGCAGUGUUUGUAUCCUCAUAGCAUUCACAGGGACCUUUAAACUGACUCCAGAUCAGGGGCCAAGAUGUCUGAAAUCUGACUCCAUGUCAGGGAAAGUGCUGUAGAAUGAGUUCUGUUCCACUCAGAGACAAAAUUUCAACGGCUAUAGAAACUAGAGAGUGUUUUCUAUCCAAUAAUAACAAUAAUAUGCAUAUUGUACGAGCAAGAAUUGAGUACGAGGCCGUUUGAAAUGGGCACCUAUUAUCUGGCUACUCAAUACUGCCCCUGCAGCCAUAAAAAGUUAAUUAAAAGAACAUCAAAUUGAUCAGAAAUACAGUGUAGACAUUGUUAAUGUUGGAAAUGACUAUUGUAGCUGGAAACGGCAGUUUUUUUAAUGGAAUAUCUACAUAGGCGUACAGAGGCCCAUUUUCAGCAACCAUCACUCCUGUGUUCCAAUGGCACAUUGUGUUAGCUAAUCCAAGUUUAGCAUUUUAAAAGGCUAACUGAUCAUUAGAAAAGCCUUUUGCAAUUAUGUUAGUGCAGCUGAAAACUGUUGUCCUGAUUAAAGAAGCAAUAAAACUGUCCUUCUUUAGACUA